AUGCCAAUAAGCUCGUCCAUCCGCCUCCCCCGCUUCGCGCCCUCCGCCGCGCACCUGAGCACCCAAUCGCGGGCGCCCAGUGCCGCGUUCCUCCUUCGCCCGCACGGCCUGCCACCCUCUGGAGAACUGCGGUGUGCGGGCGACGUCCACUCGGAGAUCAGGGUGUUGGUGUGCACCCACCAUGUCCCCGCGAAGAUCGUCAGCAAGGCUCGCAGGGAAUUGGUGGUCAUCGAGGAGGUCGAGUGCGAGCACCUCGGCGGUUUCGACAUCCACGGCUUCCCCGAACUCCCUCGUGAGUGUAUGGUACAAGCUCCUCAAACUCAUCCUCGACUUGACUUCGACGCCUCCGGGUCCACCCUUCCCUACGCCCAUCCGCCCCUCGCCCAACCCAAAGGCGUGCGGCUGUCCCUCACGCAUCUCCCGCAAGCCUUCUCCAUACCAGCUCCUGAUGCUCGACCUUCUGGGUUGGCAGUACCUCAGGCGGAUGCACGACACGAUCCAGAUGGCCUGGCUCGGGCUUCCCUCGCACUAGGCAGACAGACUAUACAGCUGGUAAGAGGCGUACUCGACCGCACGGGCUCGGCGGCGGGCGUUGCGCUGAUGUACGCGGACCGGCGCGCGUGCCGUCGCGCGCGAUCGCUCCUCCCCCGUCGGUCGUCACCUUCACUGGCGACGACGCUCCAACGCUCCGACGCUCCGACGCUCGUCGACUUCGAUUCCGAUACGCGUCCACGGUUCCGCACGGUGGCGGACGGUCCUGGACGACGACGGCGGUACAGCUCAUCGCGCGUGGCACACACGCCAGCAAGCGCGCCCUGCCGGGAGGUUCUGGGUGACGAAGCGGGUGGGGUGGAGCGCCACCAACUACAGCACUGCGGUGCCGGCACGGCGUUCGAGCGUGUGUCGGGAACGGACACCGACGUCGACGUCGAGGUGAAGCCCGCGACCUUGACCGAUCCCACUCUGGUACACCUCCAGCUCGGGGCACCAGAGUGGAAACGCACCAAGGCGAUAGCGAACGCGCACUGCAGCCCGGUGCCUGUCCCCGGUACCGACGCGGUCGCGGAUACGCCUGUUGGCCUGCGCGUCCGGAGAAGUGGGGCGUAG